UCAGUUUAACAUUUUGAAGACUUUAAGUUUCAAAGCUUUCGAUGAGUUAUUUGGUUAGAUCAGGUGAUAAAUAAAAGUUAGUGUAAUUCACCGACAACCUGGUCAUCUAUUAUUUAUUCAGAUUAUGCCACGGAUUAUCAAAAAACUUGCAAGAGGGUUAUCGAAAGUCAGACACCGAAAAAUGUCAAAACAAAGCGAUGAGAUUUUAUUGACGAACAAAAACUUGACGUCCUUUCCGAGCAACUCUAACUACUCUCGUCUCUCCAGAUUUUGUGUUUUGCUGGACUUGUCCCAGAACCAGAUCAAACAUCUUGACUUCCUCUGUGGUUUCUCUGUGCUUCGAACUCUGAUCCUGGAUGACAAUCUAGUGGGAAGUGUGUUCAAGUGCACUCAGCAGACGGACUCAUUGCAGAACCUGUCAAUCAACCGAAACCAGAUCACAAACCUCCCUGUUUUCCUCAACAACCUCAAAAGCUUCUUCCCAAAUCUCCUUUGGUUAUCAAUGAUGAACAACGAGGCAGCCCCCAGCUACUUCAACGGGGGGUCCAAGUUCGAACACAAUGACUACCGGAUGUUCGUGUCCUUCAAACUGCCAGAGCUCCUCUUUCUCGACUGUGAAAAGAUCAGUGAUGAAGAGAGACAGCAGGGUGUGAACAGAUACUCACCUAGACCACGACACACCACCAUGCACGAGAACCUUGCAUAUGAUUCAUAAAAAUUAUAUGGUAACAAUGAAAUACAAUAUUUAGCAUGACGUUGUGAUUGAAGUAUUUUUUUAUUAUUUCAUGAUGCAAAAUUGUGGCCUUGAGUUUAUCCCGCG